UCACAUUGAGCAACAAAGACAACUUUGCAUCUGAAAGAUGCGGGAGAUGCAAGGCAUGCACGAGUGCAGCAAGGCGGAGACACUUAUUAGGGAACUGCAGCAGUGACGAGCUGGGCAGUGACGAGUCGGUAAGGAGAACUACUUUUCCCUCCUUUGGGUGGACUGGACCAUCAUGGCAACGUGGGGGAUCUGGCCUUGGUGGUUGAGCUACACUUUACCAUUGCUCAUCCCGCCAGGCUCAUCUCAAGAACAGAAGGGUUUUUCCAUCCCGGAACAUGGAUUUUGCCAAGCCAUCUCAAUCCCGCUGUGCAUCGAUAUCGCCUACAAUCAGACCAUCAUGCCCAACCUGCUGGGCCAUGCCAACCAAGAAGACGCAGGGCUGGAAGUUCACCAGUUCUACCCGCUCGUCAAAGUCCAGUGCUCGCCAGACCUUAAGUUCUUUUUGUGCUCCAUGUACGCACCGGUGUGCACAGUUUUGGAGCAGGCGAUCCCCCCUUGCAGGACUUUAUGCGAACGGGCCCGACAGGGAUGUGAAGCACUGAUGAAUAAAUUUGGUUUUCAGUGGCCUGAGAGGCUGCGCUGUGAACACUUCCCUAUCCACAGUGCCGGAGAGAUCUGCGUGGGUCAGAACACAUCUAACAGUAAUGGUCCGACACCGACACCUGACCUCGGAAAGGUGUUGAACUUUCCAUCCCACACUUCAAGCAACCCAGCCUUUUCCUGCCCACCGCAGUUAGGGGUGCCAGCCUACCUCAGCUACCGCUUCCUUGGUGCCAAGGACUGCGGUGCCCCCUGCGAGGUCUCCAAACCCAAUGGACUGGUGUAUUUUACAGAGGAGGAGCUCAAGUUUGGGCGGCUCUGGGUCGCUGUCUGGGCUGUCCUUUGUUGCAUCAGCACACUCUUCACUGUCCUCACAUAUGCGGUAGAUACGCAGCGCUUUCAGUACCCCGAGAGACCUGUUGUCUUUCUCUCAGGUUGCUACUUCAUGGUGGCACUAGUAUAUGUCACCGGUUUCCUGCUUGAGGACAAAGUCGUCUGUGUGGACAAGUUCAAGGCGGACGGUUAUAAGAUGGUGAUUCAGGGCACCAAGAAAGAGGGCUGCACCAUACUCUUCAUAGUGUCCUACUUCUUUAGCAUGGCAAGCUCCAUCUGGUGGGUUAUCCUGUCCCUCACCUGGUUCCUGUCAGCUGGGAUGAAGUGGGGUCACGAGGCCAUCGAGGCAAAUUCUCGGUACUUCCACCUGGUGGCCUGGACAGUGCCAAUGUUGAAAACCGUCACCAUCUUGGCGAUGGGACAGGUGGAGGGCGACCUUCUGACCGGUGUGUGCUACGUGGGUGUGUACGACGUGGAUGCCCUGCGGGGUUUUGUGCUGGCUCCGCUCUUUGUCUACCUCCUCGUCGGCACUUUUUUUCUGCUGGCUGGUUUUGUGUCUCUCUUUCGCAUCCGCACCAUCAUGAAGCUUGGCGGUACUGAGACAGAAAAGCUUGAGAAGCUGAUGGUGCGGAUCGGUGUGUUCAGCAUGCUGUACACGCUACCUGCCACCACUGUGGUGGCCUGCCACUUCUAUGAGCAGGCCCUGCGUCCGCGGUGGGAGUACACAUGGCGCAUGCAGACCUGCAAACGCUUUGCUUUGCCGUGCCCGUCGGAAAACUUUGCUCCAUUGACGCCGGACUUCACCAUGUUCAUGAUCAAGUACCUGAUGACCAUGAUCGUUGGGAUAACGUCAGGCUUCUGGAUCUGGUCUGGAAAGACUGUGCAAUCCUGGCGACGCUUCUAUAAGAGACUGAUCGCCCCUGAGCCGGGAAAUACCACACUUUAGUAGUGUUGAGUUAGCCAUUGGAUUAGCAUAGCUUGUACAAUGGCACCUUAGCUUAUUAUUAUAAAUUAUGAAUUUUUUGUAGUUACAAGCCGUCUCUUGGUCACAAUUUGAGUUAAAACUGAGCUUCCGAUAGUAAAGCGUAAAAAAAAAAGGAGAAUAAUAGUUGCCGAUGCAUUUUCAGCUCUUUAGUGAACCUUAGUGAAACACACAAAUACAAAAUUAAAACGCAGUUACAGACCACAAAAACUCCCAUCCAUACGCUGACACAGAGACUAACCGGCCAUGUUGUUGAUGUCACUCAACGGGGUUGGGGAAGUUCAUUUUCUACGCGAGCUAGUUCAAAGCUCAGUUCACCGUUCUGAAAACGAACGUUUUUAAUUCAUAGUUCAGAAUUCAAAAUUUAACUAUGUUUAAAGUUCCCAAACUGAAUGAGUUCAUCAUUCUUUCUUUUUUUUUUUCUUCAAAACUAUAUGUUGUUGCUGUGUUUAACUUUCCCAUUGUUGCCACCCAUUCAGUCCACACUAGUAGCCGGCUGCAGCUUUCACUGUACAAUUUCAACAACAUCAGUAAAAACUUGUUGCUUGAAUGGGUUUCUUUUUUUUUUUUUUAAAUGAGGAAUUAAAACAAAAACAGGACUUGUGUCCUUAAUGUGCAAACACAAACACGCAGCUCAGUAUGACAGGAACAAUGGUGAAAGGACAUUGAUAACUGCCUUGCUAGCAGUUCUGGCUGACUAUAUUAACCAAAUAUUUUAUUUUAUCUGGUCCUAUAUUACAAAACAAAAUAAAUUCCAUACUAUGACAGUGUAAUCGUACAGUGUUUUAACUAAAGUAUUCUCAUACAAAUCAUAUUUUUUCUAUAAAGAACACAAUCUCUCCCAUUUACUCAGUGUCCCUGAAUGCACCAUGCACAUGUUAACAUGAAUGGCAACUACACUGAAUCGGCUCGUAUAUAGUGUGUCAAAGUUCAGUUAUGUUCGCAUAAAAUAUGAAUUAGUUCAUGAACACUGUCACUCAAUUA